CUCCGCCCACUGUCAGCUGUGUUAGUGUCUUAAUGCGCGUUCCCGAGUCUGAGCCGGGCGGAGCGCGGGCACGGAGCCCCCAUGUCCGGAAUUAACGGAGAUGUGGUGAUGGACGGUCAGGAUGCGACCAGUGAGGACAAUGACAGAGAUGCUGUAGAGGACCAGGAGAGCCCAUCCUGCAGUGCUGUGUUUUGUCCAUCUGAUGGGACCCCUGAGGAGAAGACUGAUGUCUCCAUCUAUCCGUGUGAUGAAUCAGCACAGAGUGGGUCACAUGACUUUGUCCUGGGGGAUGAUGUUCCAGAAUCACUUAAAGCCUUAAAUAUCAAUGUGGAUGUAGCUCGGCUGAUCCCUGACAGCUGGGUGGAAAAAACAGUUUGUGAUCAUUCUGAAAGCCCUCGAUCCCCAGAACAAGUAGUGAGAACAGAGGUAGCUCCAGUGCUUUCAGACUCUAGCACCUAUGGGGACCACACACCUUCAGUCACUGCACCGGAGGAGUGUUUGCAGCAGAAGCUGUGGGGAAAUCCUCAGAGAAAGCCCUUUAAUGUGAUAUCUGGUGCAGACACUUUAUGUGAGAACUCUGGAUAUAACGUGGACGAUGAAGCAAUAAAGAGCAUUGAGAAGACCACUCAAGGGGUUUCUGCUGAUGGGGACUUAAAAGAGGGACAUUCAACCUUCCCUUUAGACUUGAAUUUAGAGCUGAAAUCUACUGGACUUUCAGACGAGAAACAUGACGAUGGCAGCUCUAAACUGUCCGAUUCCACUUUGGAAGACUGUGGAGAUUUUCCCUCUCUGCCAUCGGUGGUUGUAAAUGUCCCAUCAGAAAUGUCACCAGCUCAGAUUCAGCGUGAUGAGGACAUCACUGCCGACGGCUGGCGUGCCCGGAGGAAACAUGUAUUUGUCUUGAGUGAGGCAGGAAAACCCAUCUACUCUCGUUAUGGUAACGAAGAGGCUCUGUCGUCCACCAUGGGUGUCAUGAUGGCGUUGGUGAGCUUUGUACAGAGUGGGAAUAAUUCCAUCCGCUCCAUCUAUUCAGAUAAUCAGAAGGUGGUUUUCCUGCAACAGGGGCCCCUGGUGCUGGUGUCAGUGUCCCGCGCCCCGCAGACUGAGGAGCAGCUGAGAAGGGAGCUGCAGUACGUGUAUUUCCAGAUUAUUAGCAUGUUGACCCAGGCCAGCGUGGCUCGAAUCUUUGAGCGUAAAAAGAACUAUGACUUGCGUCGCCUGCUGGCUGGCUCUGAGAAGAUCCUAGACAGCCUCUUAGACUUGUUGGAUUCAGACCCAGGUUUCUUGUUAGGGGCUGUCCGCUGUGUGGCUCUGCCUUGCCCCCUGCGUGACUCUCUCAGCUCCAUUCUCACAAAGUCCAUCACUCCAAAUCUAGUCUUCUCAAUCUUGGUGGCGGAGCAGCAGCUGGUUACCGUCGUGCAGGAGCGGGCUGUCAUUGAGGAUUGCCGCCUGGACCCCACUGACCUGCAUCUCCUUCUGAACCUCAUUGGGGCAUCUUCUGCAUUCCAGGCAGGGGAGAUCUGGACACCUAUCUGCCUUCCUCGCUUCAAUCCAGAUGGCUACUUCUACGCCUAUAUCUCCUACCUGGACCCUGAGUGCACCGUGUGUCUGGUACUGCUCUCCACCGAUAAAGAGUCUUUCUAUGCUGUGUCUGGCUGCAAGAAAAAGAUCCAACUGGCCAUGGAAGCCCAAAACUCACUGUCUGCACUUUCUUCUGCCAUGCGCUCCUCUGUGUACAGUGUGACUUCACUAGGAGUUCCUGAGUUGCUUCACUUUGUGUACAAGCCAAUGGAUGUGCCAGAUGUUUACCGCCAGCUCCCCCAGUUUACAAGCCCUCUGGCAGAUGGUCCUUAUUCCAGCGAAAGCGAGAGGCAGAGGCUUUUUGAUUUAUACAGAUAUCUUCACUGUCGCAUCCACAACUCUGCACGGCCCCUCCGGCUCAUCUAUCACGUGGCUGAGAAAGAGACUUUACUGGCCUGGGUGACCAGUAAAUUUGAACUAUACACUGCAUUCAGCUCAUUGGUGACCAAGGUGGGUGCCAUUAACGUGAUAACCAAGCUUUUGCGCUGGAUAAAGAAAGAAGAAGACCGGCUCUUCAUUCGCUACCCUCCAAAAUACUCUACCACUCCCCUGCCUGGUAGGGCCCAGCGGGCAGACCGGACUGAACGUUUCCAGAAUGGAUUCCUCACAGGAGUCUAGAGCAAAGCACUUAGUUUAUUCCCUUUCCAGUAAGGCUGCUGGUGUAGGGAUAAUAACCAGCCGGCACAGCUCCCAGUCAUGGAGACAGGAUAAAUCUGCUCUGAGAUGCAGACCGGCUGCGGAUCCUCGAUGGCAGAGCCGGUUAUCUCAUGGACUGUAUGCUGCUCAGGGCUCCCAGACAGAUUGCUUUAGCCCUAACUUUGCAGAAGGUGUCAGUAUUAUGACCCAGUCUUAUUUUCACACAGGUUCUGUUUAAAUUUCUUAAAAUAAAAUGGUUCCAGUUAUUGGUUCUGAACUGUU